AUGGUCGUCAUGUCUACUCAGGUCAACCUACCCGAACCGGAAGGAAAGUUCCUUCAAGAUGGCUACUGGAGACAUGGUCGCUUCUAUGGGUCCUGGAAGCCUGGGAAGUAUCUCUUUCCCAUUGAUUCCGAAGAGUUGAACCGGUUGGACAUAUUCCACAAAGUUUUUUCCAUCGCCCGUGGGAACAAGCCCUUUCGAGCACCAAUUGUGCGCCCAGCUCCUCGGUUCAUGGAUCUUGGAACAGGGACCAGUAUCUGGGCAAUCUCUGUCGCCGAAGAAUGCUUCCCAGAUUCUGAGCUUAUGAUCGUGGACCUCAACCAGAUUCAACCGGCUCUCAUCCCUGUUGGUGUCAACUCGCAGCAGUUUGACAUUGAGGAGCCCGAAUGGGGUCCUCUGUUCAAAGAUUGCGAUUUGAUCCAUCUACGAAUGCUCUUGGGUAGCCUCCAAACAGACAUCUGGCCUCAGACCUAUCGAAAGAUCUUCGAGCAUUUGGCCCCAGGUAUUGGUCACAUGGAGCACGUCGAAAUCGACUGGACGCCGAGGUGGGAUGAUAAAGAAAGACCAUCCCAGUCCGCAUUCCAGGAGUGGGCCGAGUUGUUCUAUGACGGCAUGGAUCAGUUUAACCGACGCGCAAGAGUACUGCCACAUGAAACACGCCAAAUGAUCGAGGCAGCAGGCUUCACGGAUAUCAAAGAGGAGGUCAUUAAAGCUUCUGUUUGUCCCUGGUCCGAAGACAGGGCUGAUCGAAACCUUGCAAGGUGGUUCAAUCUCGGAUUAAGCCACAGCUUGGAGGCUCUGAGUUUGAUGCCUCUCAUCGAAAAGCAGGGGAUGAGGUUUGAGGAUGUCCGCGAACUGUGCGAGAAAGUCAAGAAGGAAAUAUGUGUUUUGGGCUAUCACACAUACUGCAACAUCUACGUCUGGACGGCCAGAAAGCCCGAGGACAAGUAACCCUCCGACAUGGAAAUCAUCCGGUAAAUGGCCAGACGAAGCCAUGUCAAGGAGAGGAGCGUGCUGGAUAGUUUCUGUGUGCCGGCCUGCAUGAUCACGGUGACUCUAUUUUCACCCUUCUUCCCGACUGAAAGUCGUCUUUCGACUGUUGCAUGAACAUGUUCAUGGGCCUAUAACCAACCAGUUCCGGACAUGGA